AUGACCCAGGCAAGGAGGCGCUCCGGGAAAGCUUUUUUGCCUUGCGCCUCGCUCUCUUUGCUCUGGGUCGGCGCGCUGGUUUGCCUGGCCGAUGCCAAAGGGACCUAUUACCGCCACCCGGUGCCCAUCCCUUACGGCAGCAGAUACAACCUCUAUACCUCGGGAUCUAGCCCCCAGCUUACUCCGGGCAAACCCAUGGGGAAACACAAGAACUAUUGUGCAUAUGUGGUGCAGAGGAACGUGACGUGCACCCUUCAGGACGGGGCAGAGAGCUAUGUGAAAGCUGAGUAUCACAAGUGCAGCUGGGGACCAAAAUGUCCUGGGAAAGUCCUGUAUCGCACUUUCUUCAGACCCAGAUACAAGAUUGGCUACAAGACCGUGACCGAGUUAGUAUGGAGAUGCUGCCCGGGCCUCAUGGGAGAGGGAUGCCAUGACAGUCCGACCGACCAGCCAGGGCUCCUGCCCCAGCACCCCAGUCCCAAGAUGCCUCCCACUCAAAAGAUGUUCCCAGCUCCUAGAGUUCCUCCUCACCCCAAAAUACACCCUGAUCCGUUUCCAGGACCUAAGAAAAAUCAUUACAGUAGAAAAAUGCCUGGUUUAAUUGGAGACAGGCUGGACCAGCUAGAGGAGGAAGUCAGGCAUCUCUCACAGUCCUAUGACAGCCUGCACAACAUGGUGAAUGGCUUGGGAGACCACUUGCGGCUAGCCAUCCAGGAGGACACCAGUAAGAUGAUUGGAUCCCUGAUGAACAGCCCAAGCGUGCCUGAUUCAACCAUGGGAUUUGGGGUCAUCCCUGAUGGGAUCGUAGAUGCAGCAGACAAAGCCGACCUCUCCCCUUAUCCACCGGUGGGCGAGAUCCUGAGCAAAGUGACCGAGGUGAGCGAUGCACUAAAAACCAAGACUGAUCUGCUGGAUGAAGUGCACGGCAUGGUACUUGACCAUGACGGACAGAUCAAGCAUCUUCUGGAAUCAGCCCGACCGUCACCCCUCACCUCCAUUGAUAUGCUUGAAGAGUAUGUGGACAGCAGGCUCAGCCACCUACGGGUAGAGCUGCUGGAUGGUUUUGAGAAGAAACUGGUGAACAUCCAGAACACGUGCGACUAUCGGAUCAAGGAAGUACAAGAGCAGUGUGAAGAAGAGAAAGCCGUCAACCUGCGCCUUCAACAGACCCUAGAUGGUAAAGAGCUGGAGAUCAAGAAGGAGAUUUCUCAGCUGGAAACCCAAAUUCAAGGGCUUACUGUUGUGGAAAGCUGCUGCAGCAACCUGAACUACCUCACCAAACGGAUGGAUAUCCUAGAGAAAGGCCUACACAGCAUAUCUGAGUCUCAGAAGAAUCUGCACUCCAGGUUGGAUAAUGAACUUUCUACAGUCACCUUGGGGAGCCUCUUCGAAGGGCGCUUUGAGGACCUUGAGGGCAGGCUGAAUAUCUCAGAGAGGGAAACAGGAAGUUGUUGCUCCGUUGUGGAGGAUUCUAUGAGAAGCCUGCUGGGGUCAGAGCUGGACGGCACAAGGACCUUCUUUGAUGACAAAAUGAGAACACUGGAAGACAGGUUCAUGACCAUUGUAGGAGAAGCGAACAACGUCAGCUCCACAGUGGGAGUAGAUGGAGCCGUAAUGCCAUUUCUAGAGGGAGAGCUUGCUACUGUAAGGAUGGAAACCAAUGAGAAGCUGGAGGAUCUACACAGUCGGAUGACCACUUUGGAGAGCACAUGCUCACUGGGGUGCACAUCUAAUUCCAAAGAUGUAGAGACCUUCCGUACAGAGAUUGAAGACUGUCAAAGCAAGAACCAGGAUCUGCUGCUUCGGAUGGACAGCAACUCCGACCUGCUGAGGAAGCUGAAUGCCACCAUUCUGGAGAUCCAGAGGCGGAUUGAGGAAGAGGCCGCCAGUGUCUUGCAAGGAGAGAUCACGCUUCUGAAGAUCAAUCUGAAUACAAUGAGCAAAUCCCUCACCGGGCUGAAGGAUUCGGUUUCCCAGUACUCAGACACGGUGCUGCAUGUCAACUCAUCUCUAGACGAGCGUGAACGCAAGAUAGAGGAUGAGGUCUACUCCAUACAAGAGAAGAUCAGUGACCAAGGCUCCCAGCUACUGUUCAGCAACAGGCGUGUCCUCAACCUAAAAGGGGAUCUCGAGCGACUUAAGUCCAGGAUCAUCAGUGACCUGGGCAACUGCAAGAAUGUGGCUCAUAACCUGCAGAAGGAAGUGCUCCAGUUCGAUGAACGGGUGGCUCAGGUAGAGGACAUGUGCGGCAGAUUCGGUACGGUAACAGGAAGCUUGGACCGCAUCCGAAACGAAUUGGAGAACAAUGCAGGGACUAUGUGGGGUUACAUGGACCAUAUGAACAAAACCUUAUCUGCCCACUCUCAGGAAAUAACCCUACUCAAGGACAACUUGUUGGAUUGCCAAGCUAAGGUCACAGAAUUAGAUGAAGACGUCAGCCUUUUAGAAGGUAGGCUGCAAGACCGCCACCAUUAG